UGUCACUUCAGUCUCUCAUUUGCCCGUGUGUUGUUUACAUACAUAUACACAGCCUCCGUAAAAAAAUAGACAACAGAUUUUCAUUCAUUCAAGAUAGAGGUUCAGGAUAUGACAUGCAAAAACUCUAUUGUCAAAACCAUGGUGGCCGUGCGGUUCCACGGGCGGCGGCUGGCCAUGGGCGCCGUCCUGGCUGUGGCCACCCUGGGCGUGUACCACCUCUGCACCGUCAACUCUCUUCAGGACCAACGCGACCGAGUGUUGCUUAG